AUGGUUCUAAGGAAUGAAUUAAGUUGCUUUUGGACUUUAGGUUUCUGUCUGGUAGCCAGUAAAUCGUCUCUCAAUGUCCCAUCCAUCAAAGACCGGAGUUUCAUAGACGCCUGUGUCGCUGCUCACAAUGAAAUGCGCAGCCAAGUUCAGCCCCCCGCGGCCAACAUGAAAUACAUGACUUGGGAUGAAGGUUUAGCAAAAGUGGCAAAAGCAUGGGCAAACAAGUGCAAAUAUGAACACAACAGCUGUUUAAAAAAAUCAUAUCAAUGUCUUCCAGCUUUUGAAUUUGUUGGAGAAAAUAUCUGGUUAGGUGGAUUACCCAUAUUUACACCGAAAUUUGCUGUUGCUUCUUGGUAUAGUGAAAAUAAAUUUUACAAUUAUAGUAAUCUACAUUGUUCUAAAGUUUGUGGCCAUUAUACGCAGGUAGUUUGGGCCAAUUCACAUAAAGUUGGUUGUGCAAUUACAAUUUGUCCUAAACUUGGGAGAGCUGAAACUUCAAUAUUUGUAUGUGACUAUGGACCUCCCAUAUCCGAAUUCGAAUAUUCAGAGGAAAGCACCUCAGUGGAGAGCAUGUAA